AUGCUUCUGCAAAUUUUGUCGGCAGCCUUCCGAUGUGAUUUUUACAAGGUUUGUUGAUUUUUUGAGUUCACUUGAAAAUCAAUAAUUUUUGUAUUUUUCAGGUUCACAUCAUCCACAAAUUCAUUUUUGCCGCAAAAAUUGAGGAGUUAUUAAGUCUAGCGAGUUUUUUCCUUUGGUGAGUUGAAAAUUUAUGAAUUUUUAUGGAAAAUAUAAGAAUUUUGAAUUUUUUUAGAUUCGAAAACUCGUCUAAAUUUCGGAAGCUCGUCGCUGAUUUUCUCUCGUCAAAUCCAAAUUUUUGAUUUUCGCGAGUUCUUGUCAAUUGUGAGUUUGAAAAUUGAAAAUUUAUUGGAAUUUUUUUUUGCAGAUUUCUCAAGAAUCUCAAGAUUUUCAACUAAAUUUUGUUGGAAUAUUGAAGCGGAGUUAGAAGAACUCGUGAUUUUUCAAAGGUUAGAAGAUUUUUUAAGCUCACCUGAAAAUCAAUAAUUUUUCUAUUUUUCAGGUUCACAUCACCACAAAUUUGUUUUUGCCGCGAAAAUUGAGAAGCUUAUAAGUCUAGCGAGUUUUUAGCCUAGGUGAGUUGAAAAUUUAUGAUUUUUUAUGGAAAAUAUUAUAAUUUUGAAUUUUUGUAGAUUCGAAAACUCGUCCCAAAUUCGAAAGCUCGUCAAAUCCAAAUGUUUGAUUUUCGCGAGUUCUUGUCAAUUGUGAGUUUGAAAAUUGAAAAUUAAUUGGAAUUUUGAUGAUUUUUUGCAGAUUUCUCAAGAAUCUCAAGAUUUUCAACUGGAUUUUGUUGGAAUAUUGAAGCGGAGUUAGAAGAACUCGAAUUCCUCUCGUGAUUUUCAAAAGGUUAGUUGAUUUUUUCAUCUGAAAAUCAAUAAUUUGUUUUUUUUCAGAUUCGAAGACUCGAUCAAUUUUUGAAAAAUCGAAACAUUUUGGAUAUAUUUUCUACUAGAAAUUUUGGAUCUUGCUGGAGAUUUGAAGUCUACUGUGAGUUUUCGAUUAUUUUUCCUCGAGGAAAUCAAGUUUUUUCAGAUAUUUCGACUUGA